AUACAAACAAGCUGGGAACUGAGGAGAGAAAGAGAGAGGGAUCGAGAGAGUGGCAAAGGAGUAUCAUUGUUUUCUGUGCCAAAGUAUUGACUAUUUAGCACCAUCAGGAGAAGGAUGCAAGAAUUAAACUGUGUGCUUAAAUAUUGAUAAAGUAGGAACAUGCAUGUUUACUGUAUGUGGGUUUGACCACUAUACAGUUUGUGUUUGGAUAUGUAUUGAUCAGAGCACACCACGUCUUCAAGCAAACAGUGUUUAGGAAUGUCAGAAAAUGUUGCAUUUUUUCAAGAAGGGGCUCUUCAGACUAAAGUGUGUUGGGAUUUAGUUGAAGUAGGAAGUCAUUAAUUAAAUUUGUGAUAAUAGAUCAAGAAUUUUCCUCGGAAACACCUUCACUUGAGUGGUACACAAAGGGAAAAGAGAGGUUUCCAAAAAUAUCAUUCACCGGCUUAAAAGAUAAAUAUAUACACCGGCUUACUGGGCUGUGUCCCCCCCCUAAGCUUCAUUACUAGCAACGCAUGCUCUUGGGAGUUAGGAGGAAAAUCUCCACCGAUUCUUUUAUGAGGUGUCUCAGAAAAAAACCAAGAGCCUAUCACCAGUGGAGAUUGAUAAGUCAGUUAUUAAUUUAUUGUGUUAAUGAGAAAUCACAGUUCUCUCCAUAUUAAAACGACCACAAUGCUAGCAUGAAAUCUAGAAUUCCUAAUGAAAUUGAUUGUUGUUUUAAAGGAGUAUAACAAUAUUGUUCAGUGCCGAUGCGAGCAGAUAUUUAUGACAAAACCUCGGAGAAAAAUGAUAUAGGCCGGAUAACAGUGCUGCAAUAUGUUUAUGUUUUGAAAAAUCGGGAUCCAGAUUUGUGAUCAGCAACAGACACCGUAUAUUGGGGAGAUUUUUUCCGGUGAACAUGUGGCCAUUGGUGUGUUAUCUGCAGUAUAGAUCAGAGGAAUAAGGUUUCCCAGGGAUGGCCGUUUGCGAGAACAAGACCAGAUUCUGGCCAUAGAUGGUCAGCCUUUAGACAUCUCACACCAGGAGGCGAUUCGAAUUCUACAGAGUGCGCGGGGACUCGUGGUGCUCAUCAUUGCACGCGGUUACCAGUCGCCACAGUUCGAGCCUCCACAGCUUGUCAAUGAGCCUGUUCAGGGUUCUGCUCCAAAUGUUCAAGCAGAGGUUCAGUCAGAAAUGGUGUUAAAUACUGAGUGGACUCAGAUUGAAGUCAUAGAUUUGGAAAACGAUGGAUCAGGGCUAGGAUUCGGGAUCUUCGGGGGACGCAGCUCAGGUGUCAUUGUCAAGACCAUAUUACCGGGAGGGGUGGCAUGCAGGAAUGGACAACUUCAUAGUGGUGACCACAUUCUGCAGAUAGGCGAUGUGAAUGUGCGUGGUAUGAGCUCCGAGCAAGUGGCUGCCGUUUUACGACAGUCAGGCCGAGAGGUACGGCUGAUCGUGGCCCGACCCGUCAACGAACCCUCAGCUUACCCCACCCCUCACGCCCCUGUGGUUCCCACUCACCAGUUAGAUGAACACCUGCAGCAGAUAAAUGCCUUGCUCCAUGGAGAGCAAAUAAACCAGCACAUGGCUGACGAGUUAGCAGCAGGAAUGAUCCAAGUCCACAUGCAGCCUGGUUACAAUGAUGUAGGAGCAGACUAUCCAGAAGUGGAGUACUUUGAUGUCACGCUCAUGAAGGACAGCCAGGGUCUGGGUAUCACCAUAGCGGGCUACGUGGGCAAGGACAAUACACCAGAUGAUCUUUGUGGAAUUUUCGUGAAAAGUGUGGCGGACUGCAGUGCAGCUGCUAAAGAUGGCAGGAUUCAAGUCAACGAUCAAAUAAUAAAGGUGGACAACCAGCCUCUACAUGGAUUCACCAAUCACCAGGCAGUGGAAGUUCUCCGUAACACGGGACAAAUGGUCCAUCUUCAGCUGGCCAGGUUCCAACAUGGUCCCAAGUACGAGAAGCUACAGCAGUACCUAGCUCAGCCUCCUUAUAAUCCCCAGCAAGGUGUGGUCAUUGCCCCUCCCCCACCCUCCCAGAUGGAUGGGUCGAUGAUUUCUCCGAUGGAUGGGCCCGCCACCAUUGUGUCUCCAAUGAUAGAACAGCCCACACAGGCCCGCAUGGUGAACCACGUACUGCAGACCCCACCCACCGACCCAGGGCCGGGCCAACAGGUGGAGCUACAGGACAUCACCCUCAACACAGAUGAGGACUACUCGGGCGAUCUGUCUCCUGACAUAGAGGAAGCCAUCAAGGCAUGCUGGGAGCCAAUCGUGGGCAGCGAAUUCGAAGUUGUGGUGGCACAGCUGUCUAAGUUCCGUGAAGGUGGGGGCCUGGGGAUCAGCCUGGAGGGGACAGUAGAUGUAGAGAAGGGGGUGGAGGUUCGGCCCCACCACUACAUCCGCUUCAUCCUCAGUGACGGUCCAGUCGGCAUCAAUGGCCGUCUCAAGAGUGGAGACGAACUACUGGAGGUGAACGGUAGAAGACUACUUGGUUUGAAUCACAAGGAAGUUGUGGGGAUUCUGAAGGAACUUCCUCAACAUGUGCGUCUUGUGUGUGCUCGCCAUAAGGAGACAGAAAACUACACGGAUCAAGACAAGAUAGAGAAUGGCUACUCGACGUAUCUCCAAUCAAACUACUCCGGAGUGAACGAGGUGUCUCCGAUCACGGAGAGACUUGUGAAGGCCAAGUCGGAGAACACCCUGGCCUCAACGGAUGAGAGCGUCCUCCAGCAGAUGAUGAAGAACAAAUCCCGCUCCCUGGAGGAGCUGACCAACUUCAAGAUGUGGAGCAUUGAGCCGGUUGUGAUAGAACUGUGUAAAGGGGACAAGGGUCUCGGCUUCAGUAUCCUGGACUACAAGGACCCAGAAAACCUUAAUAAGACUGUGAUAGUUAUCAAGAGUUUAGUCCCAGGGGGCGUGGCCCAGGUGGAUGGGCGUCUGCUUCCCGGGGAUCGACUCAUCUUUGUCAACGAUGAAAUGCUGGAGAACGCCAGCCUUGAUGAGGCUGUGAAUGCCCUGAAAGGGGCCCCAAAGGGUAUCGUGAGGAUUGGUGUCAAGAAAGCUCUGCCUCUAGGGGGCAUUGAGGCUCACCAGCAGGCUGAACUUCAGCAUUCCUUCCCCUUCACCAAUGCGGGUUACCCAGCGCCCAGCUUUCUUCCAUCCCCUCCCUCCCAACCUCAGUACACAUCUCCAGAUCCUGUACAACGAAAAUUUACAGAACAAUACUCCUCCAAUGAAAAUGUGGUGCACAAGCAAAACGACAGCUUUUACGAGAGUGACGACGAAGUAACCUCACCCCGAAAGAACAAGCCUGUCACCUCCCCUCGCAGAAGUCUUGAUCGGCGCAAGAGGGAGUCCACGGGCUCCAAUGUUUCAUACGAGAAUUCACAGGUUUUGCUGGAUAUCAAAAACAGUAACAGUCAGAAAGAGACAGUGCAGAAAAAAUUCCCCGUUCCCCAGCCUAGAUCUACAUCAGCUUUACAUGACUAUGUCAACAACAUGACCCCUGAAAAUCUGCUAAGUCUCACUCAGGAAAAAUUACCAGCAGAUAGUAAGUCCCCCUUUGAGAGCCCCAGAUCUGAGUCACCAGCAGAUUACGAGAACACGACCUUUGCCCUGCCCACUUAUGAGGAGGCAACCUCAGGGGAUCUUCAGCCUGAUUUCUUCAACAUGAAUGACCUUGACCUUCCAGCAGAAGCACCACCUGUGCCACCUAGAUCUGAGUCACAAGAGGAGUUAUUUAUAGAAACUGAACAAAGUCUUAACCACACCCCACCUGACCAACCAUCUGAUUUUGAAGAGUCACCGCGGAGUGAAAAGGGAGGAGGGUCAACCCCUAAAAGGACCCCUCCCCCCAUUCCCCCAAAGCCUAAAGUAGUGUCGCCAAAAGUACAACAGAUUGUUGUAAAGUCAGCCCAAAAGGACUCUGCCCCUCCCCCUCUUCCUGUUUCCUUACCCCCAGCUCUGGACGAACAAAUAGAUCACACAGAAGAGGAGUUAAGCAUCAAGAUAAUUAAUCCAAAACGAGUAAGGAAUCAGUCGAAGCACCAGAAGACAGCAAGUGUUGACAGCCAGCAGUCAUCAUCAUCCGAUCAACCAAUCACAAGUGACCUUACAAACUCUCACUCUCCAUCCAUUGUAAAUUCCACCAAUCAUAUCACUUCUCCCUCGCUGUCACCUCUGUCCUCACCACGCCUGGCUCGCACACUGUCGGGAGGAGCAGACUCACUUCCUGUGUCCUUGGAGAAGGUCAUCAAAAUCAAAAAGUCGAGAGACCCCUUAGGUCUGACAGUAGAGGCUGUGGAUAAAGGUGCUAAUGGCUGUACCGUGAAGACCAUGACUCCCUUGGGGGCGUUCAGCAAGGAUGGGCGGGUACAGCAGGGGGACUACAUUGUGUCCAUCAACAAUGAGAGCAUGCGGAGGAUCACCAGUGCCCAGGCCCGGGCAAUCAUCCGCCGGGCCUCUCUCCAGGGGCUGGAUGUCAGUGUAUCGUACAUUUCCAAAGAAGAUGCUGCUGUGUAUCAAGAGACUGCUGCCAAUGCACCCCCCACGCCCCCUCACCCUUCAAUGAUGCCCUCGCCAAAGAUCUUUCCAAAAUAUUAUCGGGCCAAUUUGUCUCCUUUGGCCUCGCCCAGAAACACCAAGCCAGAUUCCUCACCGGAGAGGUCACCUGUACAGAAGACCCCAGAGACAGUGACCCCCAGGGUCAAGUCCCUGACAGCUGACGGCUCCCCCGCCACAGGGAAUCAGACUUGGGGCCCCCCUCGUACAGUGGAACUGGAACGUGAGCAGGGCAAGAGCCUGGGAAUUAGCAUUGUUGGUGGAAGAGUUGACAUGUUUAACAUCCAGACGGAACACAUUAUCUCAGGAAUCUUCAUCAAGCAUGUUUUGGAAGAUAGCCCAGCGGGUAGAAACGGCACACUGAAGACUGGGGACAGAAUCCUAGAGGUGGAUGGAAAGGAUCUAAGGAAUGCGGCCCAUGAUCAGGCGGUGGACAUCAUUCGUCACGCUAAAUCUCCAGUCAAAUUUGUCGUACAAAGUUUGUGUGAUCCUGCCUGUCCCAGAGACCUGGAGAAUGAUACAAAGUCUGUCCAUUCCUACGAUGAAGCUUCCUUGGCAGCCGGGCAAACAUAUCAGGCCGUGGAUGUUCCAUUGUUGGAGUCUGUGGCGAAGCUGACAAAGGAUGCAGAUGACAGUGAAGAGGAGGAUGAAUUUGGAUAUACAAAAAAAAAAAUACAACGACAGUAUGGUGACUUGAAUGGAGACCUCCACGUGGUGGAUUUGAACCGAGGCCAUGGCAGCCUCGGUAUCAACCUAGCAGGCAACAAGGACCGCAACACCAUGAGUGUGUUUGUUGCUGGGGUGCAACCUGAGGGCAUUGCUGGAAAAGAUGGACGAAUCCAAGUCGGGGAUGAACUGCUGGAAGUCAAUGGCCAGGUUUUAUAUGGCAGGAGUCAUCUCAAUGCAUCAGCCAUCAUCAAAAGUCUAUCCACCAACGUCAUCAAAUUUGUCUUACUCAGGAGAAGCGACAACUUGGAGCACAUGGCAGUUAAACCUCUAAAGAUGACAGCUGCCGUUUCCCAUGAGGAUGUGUCUCAUUCGGAAGACCAGGACAAAAAUGGAAACUUAACUCCGUUAGACGUCAUUCAAGUUGUCACACUGGAGAAGGGUGCUUCGGGCCUGGGUUUUGCCAUCGUGGAGGAAGUACGGGACAAUCAGCCAGGAAUUUUUAUCCGCAGUAUCACACCAGGGGGCGUGGCAGCUCAGGAUGGACAGCUUAGUGUUGGGGACCAAAUUCUUGAGGUUGGGGAUAAACCUUUAACGGGAGUUCAUUAUGAAAAGGCAAUAGAAAUUUUAAGAAACAUGCAAGGAACAAUCAAACUUAAAGUUCGAAAAAAUAGCUCAGAAAAAAAGCUGUCUUUUUCAACUACCAAUCACCUGGAUCCUGAACCAGGCACCAAAUCUGUCUUUCAACUGCAAUCUGCUCCAGGGGAAUCUUCCACGGACCCCAACCCUGCAGAUGAAGCCGGGGAGGAGGAGUCCGCCGACCCCAAAACUUGUCCAAUCAUUCCAGGUCGUGAGACCACCAUAGAGAUAGAGAAGGGGCGUACGGGUCUGGGUCUGAGCAUUGUGGGCGGGGCCGACACUCUCCUGGGUGCCAUCAUCGUCCAUGAGGUGUACGAGGAGGGGGCAGCAGCUAGGGACGGCCGACUCUGGGCCGGUGACCAGAUCCUGGAGGUCAACUAUGAGGACCUGAAGGAUGCCACCCAUGAUUAUGCAAUCCAAGUUUUACGUCAGACCCCCUCCACAGUUCAGAUCAAGGUAUUCCGCGACGACUCUCAGGUGAAAGAGGAGGAUAUCUAUGAUAUCUUCUCAGUGGAACUGACCAAGAAGCCUGGGCGAGGACUGGGCCUCAGCAUUGUGGGCAAGAGGAACGAUGUGGGCGUAUACAUAUCAGACAUAGUGAAAGGUGGAACAGCAGAGGCCGAUGGGCGACUGAUGCAAGGAGACCAAAUUCUGGCCGUCAACAAGGAAGACAUGAGAAAUGCAACCCAGGAAUAUGCAGCAGCAGUGCUCAAAACUUUAAUGGGCAAGGUAUCUCUUACUGUGGGAAGAUUAAAGGCAGGAUCCCGCGCCUCAUCAAGGAAAAAUUCCACCCCAGGAAGUGCACUGAAGAAGUCCGAGUCCAGUGUCAGCAAUAAAUCCAAGGGAGGCAAACACUCUAAGAGCCACAGUGAGGAUCUCACUCAUAUUCGUGUUGUGGAGCUGGAGCACGAUAUAACGGGAUCGCUGGGGCUCAGUAUAGCGGGGGGCAUCGGAAGUUCCAUCGGGGACACGGCCGUCAUCAUCGCCAACAUGACCCCUGCCGGUCCCGCCGCAAAGUCCCAAAAAUUAAAGAUUGGCGACCAGAUCCUGAGCAUCAAUGAUGUACAGUUAGAUGGCAUGUCACAUGACGAGGUUGUACAGCUGCUGAAGAAACCAGGAACAAUCAAACUCACGGUGUCUCAUGGUGAGGAGACUCGGGUGAGUGUGAGCGGACACACCUCUCGACAGGUGAGCACGGACAUGUCCCAGGAGUACGCUGAGCUGAUGGCCCAGGACAACGUGUUCCAAGAAACCCUGGCUCCGGACGAAGGGCCGCCCCCUCAGUGUAAGACCCUCCACCUGAACAAAGGACCUGAGGGGCUGGGAUUCUCCAUUGUUGGGGGACACGGUAGUCCCCAUGGCGAUCUUCCAAUCUACGUCAAAAGUGUCUUCUCCAAGGGAGCAGCCGCUGAUGAAGGCAGCCUGAAGCGGGGGGACCAGAUUAUCUCCGUCAAUGGUCAGAGUCUGGAGGGAUGCACUCACGAUGAGGCGGUGUCGAUUCUCAAAAACACACGCGGUGCCGUCACGAUGACUGUUUUAACUUCAUAGACUGUGUAUACAUGUAGCGCCAUAUAGAAUCCAGGUGUGAUGUUCGAAAAAAAAAGAAUGGAUAAUUUUUUAUGCAAGAAAGUAGAAUUAGUAAAGAUGAAUAUUAUUUUAUCUUAUAUUUAUAUACAAUAUGUGGAGCAUUGUGGAUAUAAAAGCUUACUAGGAUUUUGUUUAUUGUCAGUAAAACUUUCUAUCCACUUGUUAUUAACCAUGAAAUUGUUUUCAGGUUGUUUUUUUAAUUUUCAUUUGUUAAUAAAGAGAAUUCAUUACAUUUUAUAUCAUUACAAAGCAUAUCAAAUCAGAUGUUAAUUCCCAACAUAUAUACUAUAUAUAUCUACAUGUAGUAAUAAUAUUGUAUUGGUAAGACCAUUUGAUAGUUUUAGUACUUACAAAAAUAUUAUACGAACAUUGGAUGGGCAAUAGGUAAAAAGAAUCCUGAAGUUCAGCUUGCAAUUACAAGAAAAAUAGAUUGCUCAUAUUUUAUUUUGGAAACAGAACUGCUUCUUUUAGCAUACAUAGUAUUUUUAACAUGUUUCCACAAAGGCAUAUAGUCGUGUUUGAAGGAAUUUAGCAAAAAUUAGAGAGUUUGUUCUUAGGUUACUGAAAAUUUGUUGUUAAGUGUUUCAUGAUUAUACCAAAGCAAACUGACUUACUUUCCUGGUGCUUUCUGGCACAAUAAAGGACCACUGUUUAGAUAUUGUGGAUUCCAAUUACAUUCAAAGCAAGAUCGAGUAUUUUAUUCUGAUGACUAGCUUGUUAUAAUUUUUUACAUCGCUAUUUUUGAAGGAAUUUAGAAAAAUAUUGGAUGUUGUUGUCAAUCAUUUUACAUUUCCAUUGAAUGAAUGACAUCUUUAUGGCACAUAUGAACUAAUUUAUUAUCAAUAAAUCUUAUAUAUUAAUAUGCACUUAAUAAUCAAAUAAGCUUUCAGUUGAGAUUUGUAUGUUUUAAUUUGAAACCACACUGAAGGCAAAAAAAUGUCUUGUAAUUCAUGUAACUCCUAUCCCGUUUUGUUAAACAGUUGUUAUUUCUUUGGUCCAGAAAUAAAAAAAAAGAUACAAUCAGAAA